CCAUCAAGGGCAUUUUCGUCAUUCGGGACGAUUUCACAGAGCACAGAGCACAGAGUUGGGGGGAGACAGAGAGAGAGAGAGAGAGAGAGAGAGAGAGAUCUGGGCUAGGAAAUGGCUUCACCGUCACUGUGCAAAUGGUCACGGACGACGAAGAGCUACGCCACCACUAAGCUCUCCUCUUCUCCAUGCAAUCCCUCGGUUUUCUUUUCGUUCUACACUAGUCCCCUUAAACGACCUCGUAUCACCGCCUCCUCUCUUCACGACUCUUCUUCUUCUUCUUCUUCUUCUUCUUCUACUGUUGCUGCUAAAGCCAAACAGAGAACAAAAAAAUCCGUAACGUUCGAUAAUUCGACUUCCCAACCAAACGCGUCGUUGGUUGAGUCGGAUACUCGAUCCCUAAGAAGAUCAGCUCUGAGUUUUAAGUCCUUGUUUGGGAGGCGAGCUUUGUGGCGACGAAUAUUUUUCGCUUCCAAGAAAGUUAGAAGCAUCAUUUUGCUCAAUGUUAUCGCUAUUGUCUACGCUAGUAAUAUUCCAGUUGUGAAAGAGGUUGAAGCGAUUAUUGACCCUGCUGCCUUCACUGUUGUGCGAUUUGCAUUGUCUGCCAUUCCAUUCAUCCCAUUUGUAUUUCAAGCACGAGGUGAUGUUCGUAUCCGUAAUGCCGGGAUAGAGUUGGGUUUCUGGGUCAGUCUGGGGUACCUUAUGCAGGCUUUUGGCCUGCUAACAUCUGAUGCUGGGCGUGCAUCAUUUCUGUCUAUGUUCACUAUUGUUGUGGUUCCCUUGCUUGAUGGCAUGUUAGGAGCAAAAAUUCCCCCCCUUAUCUGGUUUGGAGCUCUCAUGUCCAUCGUAGGAGUUGCAUUGCUGGAAUCCAGUGGAUCACCUCCAUCUGUUGGAGAUCUUUGGAACUUCUUAAGUGCGGUGUUUUUUGGCGUUCAUAUGCUAAGGACAGAACAUAUUUCAAGAAGCACAAAGAAAGAGGAUUUUUUACCCCUUCUUGGAUAUGAGAUAUGUGUUAUUGCUCUAUCAUCAACGAUAUGGUAUUUUCUUGGAAGCUGCUUUGGUGGGAUCCAAGCAUACGGACUGUCAUCAUGGUCAUGGACAUUGCUUUGGAAUUGGAUUGUUACAUUUCCAUGGAUACCUGCACUGUACACAGGCAUAUUUUCAACUGGGUUAUGCUUAUGGGUAGAGAUGGCUGCAAUGCGUGAUGUAUCAGCCACUGAAACUGCAAUAAUUUAUGGGUUAGAGCCACUCUGGGGUGCUGGUUUUGCAUGGUUUCUCCUCGGUGAAAGGUGGGGUGCUGCUGGUUGGAUUGGUGCUGCUCUUGUGCUAGGUGGGAGCUUAACAGUCCAGAUAUUUGGAUCUUCUCCCAUAAGGCACAGUGAAGAUGAAGAAAGAAGUGAAAAUGGUGAUAAACUAUUUGUUUCAGAUAAACAAAAUGAUCUUUCUACUUCUCCAGUCAUUGUCAGUUCUAGAAAAGAUGUUCCUGCUCGACUAAAGAAGCCUCAUCACUUGUAGUAACUUCUUUUUCUGACUCCUCACAUUCCCAUAAAUUUUAAUCCUUAGUAGGUUUUCUUGUAAAUAUCUCAUUAAUAAAGCAGCCCAAUUUUGAAUACCCGCUGCAGGCCUGAAAACUUUCAGCCUUAAAUGUAUAGAUAUAUAUAGGAAAACUCGCAUAUACGUUGAGAAUAUAAAACUAGACACUAUUUAUUAAUUA